UUACACUUUUCGCCCUUCAUAUUGUACUUGUGAGUUUUCACAAAGAGAACAAAAGCUGAAGACUGUCCCUUGCAGAGUUUUCUCCCUUGCCACAUACUUCAUUGCAACAUAGUUGGGGCAAAAUGCCAAAAUUGCUAUUGUUUCUUAAGGUGGCUCAUAGAUAGAGGCUUAGCCACGCAAGCCUUGUGCUGAGAACAGGGAACAACAUGUCAGGGCACACACCAUGAGCGGCGAACGUAUUUGCUGUGUAAAAGUAUGAAUUGAGCAAUGAAAUGGGAAGUGUACUGAGGGUGGUACCUACCAACAGCAGACGUUUUCAUCUUUUAUCAGUGUGUGUGACUGAGGGAGUCCAGCCAGUGACUGAGCGGACGCAGAAGGUUAUUGACUUGUCAGCAGAAGACCCAGUUUUCGCCUGCCUGCUCUAAGAUGGUGAUUGCCAAGGCAUGGGUUCUAAAGAAGCAUUUUGAUGGUUUUCCCAAAACCAGUGACUUUGACCUGAAAAAGAUAGAGCUACCAAAUCUAAAGGAUGAAGAGUUGCUGCUUGAAUCAGUGUUUCUCAGUGUUGAUCCUUACAUGAGACCUUACAGUCGAAGGGACAUGAAGGAAGGCGACAUAAUGAUCGGCACGCAGGUUGCCAGGGUUGUAGAAAGCAAAAAUUCUGCUUUCACAGUGGGGGCCUUUGUCGUGGCUAACAGGGGCUGGAGAACUCAUUUUAUCUCUGAUGGGAAAGACCUACAACUCCUUCCUUCCAAUUGGCCAGAAUCACUCCCGAAAUCUCUAGCUCUUGGAACAGUUGGCAUGCCAGGCCUCACUGCAUAUUUUGGUCUGCUGGAGGUCUGCAAGAUGAAGCCAGGAGAGACAGUCCUGGUUAAUGCUGCAGCUGGCGCUGUGGGCUCUGUGGUGGGGCAGCUCGCUAAAAUUGGGGGUUGCAAAGUGGUUGGCUGUGCUGGCUCAGAUGACAAGGUUGCCUAUCUGAAAAAAAUAGGAUUUGAUGAAGCCUUUAAUUACAAGACUGUUAAAUCUCUGGAUGAAGCACUGCGUAAAGCCUCUCCUGAUGGCUAUGACUGUUUCUUUGACAAUGUCGGUGGAGAAUUUGCCAGUGUUGCUAUCAACCAAAUGAAGAAAUAUGGAAGGAUUGCAGUCUGUGGCGCUAUCUCUCAGUACAAUGACUCUGUGCCUCAGAAGGGGCCUUAUGUGCAGGUUCCCAUGAUUUUCAAAGAGCUUCAAAUGGAAGGGUUUAUUGUGAGUCGAUGGAGGAACCGCCAGGAGGAAGGUCUGCAGGCCCUGCUGAAGUGGGUCGUGGAGGGGAAGGUGAAGUGCCAUGAACAAGUCACUGAAGGAUUUGAGAACAUGCCAAUGGCUUUUAUAGGAAUGUUAAAGGGAGAAAAUCUUGGAAAAGCUGUUGUAAAAGUGUGAAAAUCAAAUAUUCCUGGGAGACUGGCACAGGAGAAUGUGAUUCUGUCAAAUGCUUUUAAUUCAUUUGUCAGGUCAUGUGAUCGGUAUGUUUCAAUCAUUUUGCUAGAUGUUUAGUGAUGGUAACUUCUGUUAAUAAUUUGGCUAAUAAGUCUAAGUAUAGUCAGUUGCUUUGCUCUUGAAGAAAUUGAGAAUUGCUUCCCAGAGCUACACAAAACAAAGUGCCUUAAAAUUGCUGAAAAUCAGAACUGUAACAGAUCUGAUAGUAGCUUGAAGCUUUCUAUGAGCAGGCUUGUAGAGAGGAAAAUCAAUUUGAAAAGCUUUCCUAACUGAUGGCACAUUUAACUUUUACCCAUUGAUUCGGCCCAGAACUUUGUGAGGGGGAUUUUUUUAACCCACAUCAAGGAGCGGAGAGCAAGCUAAGCUAACAACACUUGGGGAUUCCAGCUUCCUCUCUGCCUGGCUUUUUUAAAAAUUUCUUCAUUAAACAGUGUAACUAUCUUAGUUAUUCUGAGAAUAUGAAAAGGAAAAAUAAAUCUCUUAAUAUAUA